CCGCUGGCGUGUGUUACAGGUUGGCGCAUGUUUGAGUGGCGUUUUUCGGCAGACCUACUAGGGCAAAUGUCGGUUCCCAAAAGCAAAGCACACUUCGCCAGAACCGCAUAUACCGGUCGAACGAAGUGACGCUAAUUCCAUUCUACCCUUUUGUCUUUGGUUGGCUGCUGUCCUGCGGAGGCAUGUUGUUUGUGCGAUUUUUUAUCGCUCGACACUAAUUAAAAGUAAACAUCCUGGUUGACAGACCUUUCGGUAGAGAGUAAAGUGCCGCAACAAAGUUAGAAGAGUAACCCUCGAACCCCCGUUCACAGUGAAUGUUGAGGCUCCGGCAUGGUGCAGUGACAGACACAAUCUUGGGAUUUUUCCCUAACAACGGAAACAAAAACAAACCUAUCAGCUUGCCCUCGCCUUAAUCUAAAAGUGUCCCAAACACAAUGGACGAUUAUAUGCCAUCGCGCUAUCAGCUGCUCGGCAGAAUCGGUGAAGGAGUCCAUGGAGUCGUCGUAAAAGCUCGUGACCUGCAAAGUGAUGACAAGAUGGUUGCCAUCAAAAAGCUAUCGUUGCGAACAAAGUUCGGGGUUAUAUCACUCAACACGGUUCGCGAAAUUCGUGCCCUGCAGCACUGCCGGUGUGAUAAUGUUCUAGAGCUACUAGAUAUGUAUCCUGAUUUGGCCGGCAUCUCUUUGGUAUUCGAGUACAUGCCGCACACACUGUACAGUAAACUAAAAGACGAAGAGAACCCCUUAUCCCGAGCAACCGUUCGACGCUAUACGGGAAUGCUGCUGAAGGGUUUGGCCUACCUUCACGGGUUACGUUUGAUGCAUCGCGAUAUUAAGCCUGCCAAUCUGCUCAUUGAUCGUCAUGAUGUGCUCAAAAUAGCAGACUUUGGAUUGGCUCGCAUCUACACCGAACCACAGCAGCAAUCAAACAAGGUGUAUUCACCACAGGUUGCCACCCGAUGGUACCGAGCGCCGGAAAUCCUGUGGGGCUGCCAACGGUACGGUCCCUCGAUAGACUUAUGGGCCAGCGGAGCCGUCUGUGCUGAGAUGCUUCGAGGUGUGCCGCUUUUCGCUGGCACCACCGACAUAGAACAACUGGCGCUGGUAGUCCGCACGCUAGGCACUCCAAAUCAGAAGGAUUGGCCCGAAGUGCGAAGCCUUCCGGAUUAUAACAAAAUCCGCUUUCCGAACUCGCGCGGAGAGCGCUGGGAGGACAUCUUCCCCAGCUGUACCACUCGCGACGAGAUCAGCCUGGUCGAUGGGCUGGUGAGAUAUAAUCCUGCUAAGCGUCUCACGGCCGAAGAGGCUUUACUUCAUCCCUACUUCAACAACGCAGCAGCGAGUGCAAAUUAAUUCGCAACAGGCAUCUUUCUCCGGCAACCUGCCCUAUAGCACACCCUGCUGAUCGUGCGUUUAUGCUACACCAUAUUUUAAAACCAGGAGGAAACGCCAUGCUCACGCGUCAGAAGAGCGAAAUAAGUAAAGGACCAAGCAUUUUCCAUUCCACUUUUCCAUGACAGCGGAGCGGCAAGUUGAAUUUCCGCAGGCAAUUUUGAAGUCCUAGGCCUGGAUAAAAAGUCCUACACCCUGUGAAAUGUAACGGAACGGAGCACACGCAUUACACAGGGAGCUGCAGUUCGUGUUUUGGAGACUCCCAUCGGUACAUGAAACAAUCGGGCAUCCUGCAUAAUCCGGGCGAAACGGGCAAAAAGUACAAAUACUACGAAACUCGAAGAUAGCACACUCCGGCGCGGUCCGGAACGUCUACCAACAAAGCAGGAACGCGACUGUAGAAGCUCUGAGGUUCUACCGCGCAAUUGGUUCAGCUCCGAAACCAGCGUUCCUUCCGUGUAGUCCGAACACGAACUGUACAGAGUACACCAUUAAACGGCAAUGAACUUUCUCUCACUCUGUUGCUCCCAAUUACUUGGGGCGUGAAGUACUGGUUGAGCUUCCGAAAGAUGAACGAAGCCAGUCGGAAAGAUACGCGCGUCUGAUGUUUUGCGAUGGAUGAAAGAGGCUACUAGCGGUGAAGAAGAAUAGCACUAAACUUCUGGUGUCAGGAGCAAAUCCACACAAUUAUGCCAUUCGAACUUUAUCAUGUGUCGUAUCCCAGAGUACGCAGCAUGCAUGAAACGCAAUGUAUCGCGGUACACACAUAGUAUCUCUCUGUUCGCUGUUCCGAUUCAGGAGACCUGUUGAAAAAUAAUAUCCAAGUUACAACCUACGCCCAGCAGCUUGGGCGAACGCAUGGAAUGGUGCGUAUCUUUUCCAGUAGCGUUAUUAUUAUAUUAUAUUUAAAAUGCCAAAUGAAUAUGCAAUAUCAAAAUGAAACACAUAGCGCAACUCUUUA